AGAGUAAAAUAAGGCAUUGUGCAUAUCAGCGUUUCCAUGGUAACAGCUCCGCGUCCUCCGUGCUCCAAGUAACAACAAAAGAAAUGCUGAAAAAUCCUAACAGUGUCGUCAAUGCAAUAAUAUAACCAUUCCUCCUUCUUCCCAUAGAUACUCAGCACAAAGAAAUACAUCCAACCAUGCCUAUAAACUUCCUACGCCGCAGUUUCUCCCCCGGCAAGUCACCCCCAAGAAGGUCCGCCUCCCUAUCAAGUCUGAGACGCGAAUCGGACAAGUCGGGGCAAGAUCUGUCUCAUGAUUUCAGCAAGAUCAAGUUGAAUAUCGGUGGACAGAAUGCGACGUUUGAGGAUGGAGAGUGGGUUGCAGAGGGUGGCUUGAGGGGGCGUGUCAGCAACCGUGAGGUGGCUCGUCUUCGCCAACAAAACCAAGCCUUGCUGGAGGAGAACAAUCUGCUGAAGCUGAAGGUUGAACUCCUGCUUGACAUGCUGACUGAGAAGUCUGCAGACACCUUGAUAAAGGAGAAAGAACUCAACCGAUUAAAAGGAAGAUGAUGUUCAAUGGUUCAAUGUAACACCAUUUAUGGGGAAACUGUGUGUUACUGACAUCUGCCCUUCAAGAUUUACUUAAAAUAAGUAAUGAACUUGAAAGAAUUAAGUUUAUUAUUUUAUAAAUUAGGUUAAGAAAACACACUCUGUAAGGAAACAUUUACACAACAUUUACAUAAUAACAAUACUGAGAAAUAUUCCACUGAUGUGAGUGAUGGAUGACUUUUAAUAAAGACUCAUUUGAA